AUGAGCGAUCACGCUACACAACCCAGCGGCGCAGAACCUAGAGAUGUGCAUGAGAACGAAGACCAAGAAUUGACCAGGGACUUCGAUGAGAUGAUGUUUUACGCCGGAAAUAACGACGAAUGCAACAACGACGAGGCAAGAUAUAUCGCCUCACAGCUCCUCAUGCGUCCGAACCUACCACUGUUGUUCCGUGUUGAUGCACACAUGGUCUUGGCUUGCGGAAAGGUCGACUAUCUUCACCAUGCCCAAGAGGCAGUGCGUCUUGCCGAGCUGGGUCGAGAACAACUUGGGCCUGAUCAGACUUCUGAAGCAAGAGAUGACUUGAAUAACCUUCUGGACAGGGCUCAAGAGACGCUGCGCUAUGCCGAGGAUGACUCGGCUGAGUUGAAGCGCACCAAAGAGGGCCUGAAGGCAGGCACAACCAGGAAACCUCAGAGGGGAGUUCAAAUCGUGUAUGGCAGCCUCUACUAUAGAGGUGACACCGAAUCCGACAGCAGCGAAGUCGAGAUUGAGCGUCGGACUGUUGGCAAGAUCCAGAGGAAAGACGAGAUCGACAGCGAACCCGACAACAACGUCGAUGGUGAGGCCGUACAAGACGUUAUCAGACCCGACAGCAUUUCAGCCGACGGCACCAAAGCUCCUCAGUCCGAGGUUGAAGAGUCGACUUGCACGAAGAGCAAGGGCAAACGCAAGGCCCGCAGUGUAUCUGACGAUAGUGGAAUGGAAGAGAACGCCGUUGAUGGCAAGAAGCACAGCAGCUCAAAAGGUCGCAAGACUGACAAGUCGGCCAUCACACCUUAA